GGGACAGAUGUGGUUUGGUUUCAUGGACCAGGUAAUCCACGCAGGUCUCGCUGUGCUGUAGCAUCACAUGCAUUUACCAGCAUCGUGGACGCCCACUACACGAGUGACCUGGAUGUGAAAGUGGGUGAAUGCUUUUGUUUUGACAGACCAUGACGAGGCUGCCAUAUAAACAGGGAAUGGGUGCCGCCGCAGCAUCACCACACAGUUAGCUCACUCACUCCAUCUAGCUGUUCGCCAUUUCCCUUUCUGUCUUUUUUUUUUUCUUUUUCCCCUCACGAACACAUGCAUCGUAUAGAAGUGAGUGACUCGGAGGUUCAAUUAAGAGCCACUGAAACAGUUGUCUUACUUCGGGCAGAAUGGAGAACAGACGCGGAGAGAAGCAGGAAACAAUGUUGUUGUUAGCCAGUUAGCUAAUGUUACCCCUGCUAGCUGUUGGCUAACCGUAACUACAUCAAAUUAGUGGGCUGAGUUAGCUCUCCUAACUCAGCCCACUAAUUUAAAUAGACACAGCUCCGUGCUUUAUUUGCUGUCUUCUCUUCAUGUGUAAUGUAUUUACUUAGCGGCAGGUUUUCCCACUGACACUCAAUAGGUGUUCCUAUAAACGAACUAACUAGCUAAGCUAACAGGCAGCUGUGUGUAUCAGCGCUGUCUGUGGCGGUUUCACGAGAAUCUGUUAUCGGAUUUAGCAAAAAUUCAGUUGAACUGUUGUUUGUCAGCGAUAGCCAUGGCAAACGAAGCCUUCCCCUUGCAUCUUUUGGUCUGGAACAAUCAGUAUCUGGAGCUCGAUAGAGAACUGCAAAAGAAAGAGCAGGAUUCGGAGCGCCUGGAUCCGAGGGGGCGCACCCCGCUGGAGUUAGCCGUGUGCCUGGGCCACCUGGAGUCAGCUCGUGUGCUGCUCAGACACGCUGCAGACCCGACACACUGUAACGCACAGGGGUGGACCAUCUUGCAGGAGGCUGUGAGCACUGGGGAUCCUGAGCUUGUUCAGCUGGUGCUUCAAUACAGAGACUUCAAGCGUGCCACUGAGAGACUGGCAGGAAUCCCAGAGCUGCUCAACAAACUAAGACAGGCUCGGGACUUCUAUGUGGAGAUGAAGUGGGAGUUCACUAGUUGGGUGCCCUUGGUGUCAAAGGUGUGUCCCAGUGAUGUCUACCGGGUGUGGAAGAGUGGAUCAUGCCUCCGCGUGGACACCACGCUCCUUGGUUUCGAACACAUGACGUGGCUCAAAGGGCGACGCAGCUACAUCUUCAAGGGUGGAGAUGACGGGGCGGUGGUGAUGGAGGUAGACCACGAGAAGCAGGUUGUGUACACGGAGCCACUUGUGUUGUCUCCUCGUGAUGCGCCCUCCCUCCUGGCAGCAAUGCAGCCGUCACAGGAGAACACAGCACAGAGACUGACGUCGCCCAUUGUCUCCACGCACCUUAACACACGCAACAUUGCCUUUGAACGAAACAAGUCCGGUAUCUGGGGCUGGCGUUCUGAGAAGAGCGAGGUGGUCAGUGGAUAUGAAGCCAAGGUUUACAGUGCUACCAAUGUGGAGCUGGUGACUCGUUCGAGGACAGAGCAUCUCUCUGACCAGGACAAGUCAAGAAGCAAAGGCUCAAAGACGCCUCUACAGUCCUUCUUGGGGAUUGCCGAGCAGCACACAGCUCACAACGGGAGUAACGUGUCCCAGUGUGCCAGUCCGCACAACCCCACAGCUAUCACAGCUGAGGAAUACUUCAACCCAGAGUUUAACCUGAAUGGCCGAGACAUUGGACGUCCCAUCGAGCUCACCAGCAAAGUCCAGAGGUUUAAAGCGACCCUGUGGCUGAGUGAGAGUCACCCUCUGUCCCUGGCUGAGCAGGUGACGCCCAUCAUCGACCUCAUGGCCAUCUCCAACGCCCACUUCGCCAAGCUGCGUGACUUCAUAACCCUUCGCCUGCCGCCAGGCUUUCCUGUCAAGAUAGAGAUUCCCCUGUUUCACGUGUUGAAUGCCAGAGUGACAUUCAGUAACCUGUGCGGCUGUGAUGAGCCGGUCAGCUCGGUGACGGUGCACAAUCCAGAGAGCUCCGGAGAAGCUGGUCAGUCUCCAUCUCCCUUCCACUGUGAGGUGGACCCCUCAGUGUUUGAGCCUCCCCCCGACUACACCACCCUUGGUCCAGGCCGCAGUGAGCCUAUGAGGGACGAAGACGACAACCUGCUGCAGUUCGCCAUCCAACAGAGUCUGCUGGAUGCUGGCACUGAGAGCGACCAGGUGACUAUCUGGGAGGCUUUGACUAACACCCGCCCAGUGCCACAGUCUCCACUGUACGAGGAAGACUCCCAGCUGGAGAGACAAAGUUGGGGGAAAAUGGGAGAACCUCAGGAAGAGCCACAGCAGAGGGAUUCCUCUGUGAUGCCAGAGGCCUUCUCUCCUCUGGAUUUUCGCCUUGACCAAGGCUCAAACCGGAGGGCCCUGUCCAAGGAUCUAAGGCUGCCGGGUGGCCCCUUUUGGGGUCAACAUUUCUUACGUGUAGCUGGGGACCCAACCCAUGCAAAAUUUAAAGUGAUCAGUAAAAUCUUAAAUCAAUUCCAAAACGUAUGUAUCUUUCGUGGGAACUUUUUUGUGUUUUCCAUCAUACUCCAGCCUGUUUCCAACUGUCUUGCUUUACUAGCUCAGUGUUGCUGUUGCCUCUGCUGGUCUUCACAGCACACAAAUCACUUCCUGUAUGCAGUCACUGGUCUACAUGAGAUCGAGCUGUGUGACGUUGAACCCGACCAAUCCCAGAGAGAAUAUUGAGGAAACACGACAGACGAAUUCACCCUAUUAAAAUAAAAUUACCUUGUCAGUUGACACGACCAAACCCAACCCAAGAUUUCUGUCCAACCCGUUUUCGUGAUGGGUAUCUAUGCUCUAAGCAAUAUUGUGUAAACUAAUUUUACAACAGUUUACAGUUGAUUUCUAAUCUUUCUACAGUUUUAAUGAAAAUAUCCUUU